UUCUCCACUCAAGAGAACUCUGCACUUUGCACUUUGGUUAAAGUCUCAUUUGGAUUUAAAUUUCUAAACUUUUCUUAAGAAAUUAAGUUUUAUUUGAUCUCUUUUCUGAAUUGCAGAAAUCAGAUAAAACUACUUGAUAAAAAUGACUUCUUAUCAUGUUACUGAAGAUCCUAUUAAAAAGGUUGCUAUCUUUGGAGGAACUCAUGGGAAUGAAUUAACAGGAGUAUUUCUAGUUAAGCACUGGCUGGAGAAUGACACUGAGAUUCAGAGAACAGGGCUGGAGGUAAAACCAUUUAUUACCAACCCAAGAGCAGUGAAGAAGUGUACCAGAUAUAUUGACUGUGACCUGAAUCGAGUUUUUGAUCCUGAAAAUCUUGGCAAAAAGGUGUCAAAGGAUUUACCAUAUGAAGUGAGAAGGGCUCAAGAAAUAAAUCAUUUAUUUGGCCCAAAAGACAAUGAAGAUUCCUAUGACAUCAUUUUUGACCUUCACAACACUACUUCUAACAUGGGGUGCACUCUUAUUCUUGAAGAUUCCAGGAAUGACCUUUUAAUUCAAAUGUUUCAUUACAUUAAGACUUCUUUGGCUCCAUUACCCUGCCAUGUUUAUCUUAUUGAGCAUCCUUCCCUCAAAUAUGCAACCACUCGUUCUAUAGCCAAGUAUCCUGUUGGUAUAGAAGUUGGUCCCCAACCUCAAGGGGUUCUGAGAGCUGAUAUUUUGGAUCAAAUGAGAAAAAUGAUUAAGUAUGCUCUUGAUUUUAUACAUAAUUUCAAUGAAGGAAAAGAAUUUCCUCCUUGUGCUAUUGAAGUCUAUAAAAUAAUGGAGAAAGUUGACUAUCCCAGGAAUGAAAAUGGAGAUAUUGCUGCUCUGAUCCACCCUAAUCUGCAGGAUCAAGACUGGAAACCGCUGCACCCUGGGGAUCCUGUGUUUUUAACUCUUGAGGGGAAGAUUAUUCCAUUGGGCGGAGACAGUACUGUGUACCCAGUAUUUGUAAAUGAGGCCGCAUAUUAUGAAAAGAAAGAAGCUUUCGCAAAGACAACCAAACUAAUCCUCAGUGCAAGAAGUAUUCGUUCCUCUUUACAUUAGGAAUCGUUUCUUACUUACCUGUUAUACAGUAUUUUGAAAAACUCCAUUAGUUUGUAAGCUCCUGAAGGCAGGAUUGUUCUUUAUUCAACUAACCCAUAGCACCUAGUCCAGUGCGUUGCACACAGUGGGCAUUCAGGCAAAUUUUCUGAAUGAAUGAGAAAUUAAUGAGUAUCUUUUAAAAGUAUCAUAUUAGGUACAUAGCUUAUUCAGAGAGGUGCAUUUCUUAUUUCUGUAUAGCUCCUUCUAUAUCAUACUUUGAUAAUUUAAAAUUCUGAAUAAACAGCUUCUAAAUUCAAAUUUCAAAAUUGAAAUGGAUACUAUAUAAAAAUUAUUAAUUUGAGCAUAGAAUUAAAUGUGUUUUCAUAUUACUAACUUGAGCAUAGAAUUAAAUGUGUUUUCAAGUAAUGUAUAAGUGCUACUAGAAACUAAUGAUGCAGACUUGCUAUUUUAAAAUUUUUCACAUUUAAAUUAAUGAUAAUGUAUUAAGUACCCAUCUGUCAACUUUAGCAAUAGUUGUGAUAUCCGUAGGAGAUUUUUAAUUGUUCUUUUGAAGAUGAAAUGUGAACAAGAAAUGAGGGCUGAUUUAUAAAGGUGACAUUAAGGGUAAAUCAAGAAACUGAAUGGUCCUUUGUCCACAGACAGUGACCUACACAAAGCACCACUGCUCUGACAUGGGCUUGUUCUGCAUUGACCUCAGGGAGUGAGGAGCCUCCUCCAAGACAUCUCACACGCCUCUUGGGAAGCUAACGUUCCUUCCCAACCUGUAUGCAUAUUUCUUCCAACUGUUACUUCUCAUUUUGAGGGAAUGCAUUUGUCCUUGUUCCCAGCCAACAUGUGAGGAAGUCUUUGGGCUCCUGUAGCAUAGGUGGUAAAGACAGAAAUAGCAGAGGGCAGCAGACACUAGUGGAAGUGUGACCCAAACUCAUGUCUCUGGUUCAACAUGCAUUCUUUCAAGAAAGCGCCCAUGAUCGAAAUGGCCAAAUCCCUCCCUGUCACCAUUCUUCUCCUCAAAGGUCUUUGGGCUGAAACAGGGCCUCUGUCACCCUCCAGUCCCUGCAGGAGCCUCCCUUGCCUCCUCUCUUAGGCCCCAGUGGCCAAGUCAAGAGAGUUUUUACUGUAUGAUUUGGACCCCAAGGAACCCAUGUUUAUGGUUUCAAAUGUAUGUACUAAGAUCAUACUAAUGUUGUCCGAAGCAAAGAUAUAUGUAAAUAUCUCGUUCCUCCAGAGUGAACAAACGCCAUUAAGCUAAUUUCAUUUUCAUAUUCAGUGUUUUAUAAAAUACAAGUAAGCUCUUUCUCAGCACCAAUAUUUUUGUACUGUGACAAAAUGAUUUUUAUUGCAAUAAACUCUCUUCCUUCUGAA